AUGGAUUUGCCUGACAACGUUAAGGGUUUCCUUACCCUCCUUGGUGGUUUCACAAUGCAUUUAUGCUGUGGAGCUCUAUAUAUGUGGGGAACUAUCAAUCCUUAUAUCACUUCUUAUUUCCGUUGGAGAGAGCCAUCUGAUCUUAAAGUAGAAACUGGUGCAGCUGUCUUCCCUGUUAUGAUGUGUGCAGUCGCUACUGGUAUGCCCAUGGGUGUCAAGCUCAUCAAAAAGUUUGGUUCUGCUCGUCUCGUUUGCUAUGUUUGUGGUGCAUCUGCUGCUUUUUGUGUUUUCAUUUCUUCUUUUGCAGCUGCCUUCUGGUAAUUCGUUAUUAUUUAUGGACUCUGCUUUGGUAUCAUCACUGGUUGUAUUUAUUACAUCCCUAUCUACAUGGGAUAUCUUUACUUCCCUAAGAAGAAAGGUAUUGUUUCAGGUGUCGUAUUAUGUGGAUACGGUCUUGCUUCUUUAGUUUUUGGUUUAACAUUCUUCGCAUUAGUUAAUCCUGAAGGCUUAAACUAAGAAUAUGAUGCAACACACACUUACAAGUAUUUCUAAGGUAAAUCACUUUCUGUUGCUUAAAACGUCCCCGGUGUACUUCGUUAGAUGAGUUUUUACUAUUUAAUCCUUUUGAUGGCUGGUGCUUCUUUAAUUUUCCCCCAUAAAGAUUAAGUUGGUAAUAAAGAAAAAGCUCUCAAGGAAGAACUUACUGAAAAAGCUGUCACUUUAGAACAAAAGCGUGAACUUAAAAUUAAAUUGGCAGAAGAAAUUCUGAAGGAAGAAGAUGAUGUAGGUAAAAUUGAAGUCCAUGAAGACGUAGAUACAGAUGAAAUCAAAGAAAAAGCUGCACAAAUGCAAGGAAAUGGUCUCCCUAUUAGUCAAUAAAUGGAACAAUACAGCGAUGCCAGAUAUGAAGGUCCUCAAUUGUAAGUAAACUAACCUCUACUUCAAAAGGGUGCUCAUGACGACGAAGAUUUCUCAAAGCGUGGUGUCCCUAAUGUCAAAACUGCCUUAACAUCUAUUAGAUUCUGCAUGUCAAUAUUGAUUGCAAUUCUUUCUCUUUCAAUAGGUCUUUUGGUUAAUGGUAACUAUAAAAAUAUCGGUAAGGAAUUCCUUGAUGAUUCUUUCUUGACAGUCGUAGGAAGUUUUGCUGCUGUUGGAAAUGGUCUUUCUCGUCCUAUUUGGUCAAGUAUGCUUGAUAAAUUCUCCUUCAAGACAGUAUUCAGUUUCCUUCUCGUUCUCGAAAUCUUCCUCGGUCUCACUUUCAGAUAUUCUUAUUUCAAUGGUGUUGUUUAUCUAAUUUAUGUCUUUUUAAUUCACACAACAUUUGGUGGUGUUAUGGCUAUGUUCCCUGUUGUCUCUGCAUAACUUUUUGGUGUUAAGGUAGCCUCAUAGAUCUAUGGUAUCUAUUGGUACGGUUUCGGUAUAGCUAACUUCAUUUAAUUUGGUUUAGUCAUAGGAUUAAAGAAAAAAAUAGGAUACGAAGGUAUUUAUUAUAUUGAUGUUAUCUUCUCUGUAGCUUGUCUUAUCAUUAUAAGAUUAUAUAAACUCAAGACUGAUUGGUCUAAUUAUUACUUAGAAAUGAAAAGAUAAGGUAUUCCAAUCCCUGAAGAUCCCAACAAGCAUUGA